AUGGCUGUGUCUAAGAAUGCAGCUGGAUAUAGUGGCUUGACAGAAGAUGAGGAGAAGCAGUUGAAAGCACUGUUGAACAAGGCUCAGCAGGGGGGAGAGAGUGAUUCGGACUUUGAAGCAGUUGGAUCUCCAACUACUCCAAGUGAGCUCUUCCGAAGUGAAGAUCGCAAGGAGGUUCCAUUGCCAAAGAAUUGCACUCUGAAGGAGUGGUCUCACACGGUGUGCCAGCUUCCGAAAGUCAAUGGGGAGCCGAAGUGGAACGGAAAGACUUAUUCUGAACUGCUUAGGAUGGCUAUUGACGGUGACAUUGAGCUGGACAAGUAUCUGGGAUUCAUUUUCAAGAAGUAUCAUGGGUCCUAUGAUGGAACUCACAAGUCUCAAGCCGUGGACUUGGCUGGGUUUCUUCUCUAUAUGGAGUUUGAUCCUGAGAGAGAGCCAGCUGGUUCUUGGAAGAGAGUGGUUAAGCCAUGA